AUGGAGUCGCAGGCACGAGCAGGCGUCACUUCCGACGCGUCGCCGCACAAGCGUACCAAGUCUUCCGUUCUCAAGUCCAUUAUGCCUGGCAACCAUAAACGCAAGCCAUCUUCCAAGAGCAAUACUCAGCGCCUCUGGAAUGAUGAAAGCGAUGGCAAGGAAGACUACAUGUAUCUCGGCAAUCAGUCAAUCCUGCCCCCAGACCAUCCGCAUACACGACAACAUCUCCGAGAAGACAGCGGCAAUGGAAAUAUCACAAUUGCGUCGCCUAAGAAAUCACUUGACGCACGGAAUGAAAAGGAUUCAACAUCAGGAGAUCACCAGAAAACGAAACGCUCAGCGUCGUUCAAAUCAUUCGGUGGGAAGGAAAAAGAGAAGCCUUCCAAGAAGAAAUGUGAGAAAGAGGAGCAAAACAAAAUGAAGAAGUCGAAGUCUUCCACAAGCAUAUCCGCCAUCCUAUCGAGGCCACGAUCGUCGAAAGGUGUCAAAGCUGAGGACGCUCAUCGCCAGAGAGACAAGGAGAAUCGGACACCACCAAGCUCUGCGGGGAUGGCACCACCGCCAAUAUGGGCUCAGUUUGCAACCCAAGGCUUUGAAGAACCAUCUCGUACUAUAAAAGUACCUCUCAACGAUCAAUUUGCCGUCGAAGAAGAAGUGGCAUUGUACACACCUCGAGAUUACUCGCCAUCGAAGCAAAGGAAUUUCCAAGACUAUCAGCAGCCAACACUUUCCCGAAGAGCCGAACCAAAGCCUCGGCCAAAAUCAGAAUGCAUCGCAUCUGGCCCAACUUCAGCCUCUUUUGCCGAGACAGUAUCUGGCCUACGGAUAUCUGGCCGGGACAAAAGCCAAGUAGACAUUAUCAAUCAUCAGCGGCAGACUGGACAAGCUGCGGACGCAAAUGUGAAAUUGUUUGCAGAGGAGAACCAUUGGAGCGAAAGACCAUCAAGCGUGGAGAACCGCAAAGUGAGUAACGACUCUGCCGACUCAGACUUGCCCAUGCCAAAUCGUGGAUCGCGUGUAAUGGCGGCCGUGGCAGUCUUUAAUGGCAAAGCAAAAGAGUUACCAAAGGAGCCACCAAAGGACACCGAGACCGUCCAGCUCGACCGCAAGGCAAUCGAGACUGCUUUCGAGUCCCUACUGGAAGCCAGGAACGUCCCGCAGAACACGAGAGACAAAAUGAGGUCGUUGGACACCAACAUUAAAGCAGACUUCAUCAAAAAGGAAAAGUCGGGCUCAGGAUCAGCGUCAAGUACGGAGGGUCUAUUGUUGCAUUCUUCAAGGCCUAGUGCUGGGAAGCGGUCCCAGACUGAUGAUCCUACUACGCAUGAUACUGGGGAAUUCGUAGGCCCAACGGGCUCCACCGAGUCACCCAAGAAGCCACGACCAAGGAGCCGGACAUUCACGUUUAGCAAAAGUGGCCAAUCUCCGUCCAAGAAGCAGAAGUCUGAACGUCCAGCCUCUCAUCAAAGAACAAAAUCGGGCGGCCUGACACCGUCAGCUUCUUCCACAUCAUUGGCGUCUGAUGGAGCCGCUCAAGGCUCUGCAUUCGUCAGUAAAGCCAACAAGCGAGCCGUGCCUGAAGAUUACAUCAAUUAUCUGAAGCAAGUGCAAGCCCCAGGCUUUGUUGAGGUUGGCAAGAUUCAUAAAUUGCGCCAGCUCUUGAGAAAUGAGACUGUCGGUUGGGUUGAUACAUUCAUCAUGCAAGGUGGCAUGACCGAGCUGGUAGAAUUGUUGUAUCGCAUCAUCAAAGUAGAAUGGAGAGAGGAGCAUGAGGACACACUCCUUCACGAAACCCUCCUUUGCCUUAAAGCUCUAUCUACAACAUCCUCAGCAAUGCGUCAGCUGUCUAAUAUUCAAUCGACUCUUUUCCCCACCCUGCUUCAAAUGCUCUUUGAUGAGGAGAAGAAAGGCCCUAGCGAGUACACGACCCGCAGUAUCAUCAUCACUAUCUUUUCUACCUAUCUUACCGACUCCAGUUCAUCCGAUUUAGUAAGCCGCGCGCGCCUUCUGCUCUCAUACUUACACGAUCCUUCGAAACCAGAAGAGUCUCAACCGCCGGGAUUCAUUGCCUCCAUAUACCACUCUCGGCCUUACCGCGUCUGGCAAAGAGAAAUGAGCAACGUUACCAAGGAGGUCUUCUGGAUAUUCUUGCACCAUACGAAUAUCAUCCCUUAUCCAAACAUCUCGGAGACCUCCGGUUCUUACGCCUCUCGACAUUUCACUCGCGAACACCCUCCGGUCCCGGCUGCCCCAUACAUCGGCGGCGUAGAAUGGGACGCUACAAACUACAUGACUGCUCAUGUCGACCUUUUGAAUGGCAUCAUUGCCUCCCUGCCCAGCUGCGAGGAACGCAACAAGCUCCGGCAAGAACUUAAAGACAGCGGAUUCGAAAAAGUCAUGGGUGUCAACUUACGCACUUGCAAGGAGAAGUUUUACGGCUGUGUGCACGAAGCGUUAUCUACCUGGGUUGGUGCAGCGAUGGAAGAUGGAUGGCCAUAUCAGGAUGUCAGACAGGGGCCGAAGCAGGAAGACGUGAAGAGGAUGAGCCCGAAGAAAAGUCCGAAGAAGAAGGAUGCGGCGCCGAAGCUGGAGAUGCCGAAGCUGGAUCUGGGUGGAGGUGGGAACGGGGGCGGAGAUGAUGGCGGAUGGCUGUGA